CCAAUCGCUCGUCGCCGGAAGCCAGAGCUCUUCCUGCCGCCAUCACCGCCGUCGCCUUCCCCAGCUUCGCCGCUCCUCGUCGCCGUCCAAUUGGAGCCAAUCGCCGCUCCACGUCGCCGUCCAAUUGGAGCAGCUAGCUGCCGGUCGUCGCCGUCCAACUGGAGCAGCCAGCCGCCGGCGUCGCCGCUCGUCGCCGCCGCCGAGUUGCAGCGCCGCCGCUGCUUCCUUCGCCUCCAGCCGCCGUCGCUCACCGCCGUGAGCCAGCGCCGGUCGCUCAUCGCCGCCGCCGAUUUGCAGCGCCGCCACGCCAAACGGAGGACGUCGCCAAAUGCCGGACGCCGCUGUUUCGCCCUCGCCGGAAUCGAGAGCCGCCGUCGCCCGAGCUUCCAGCCGCCGUCGCCCUUUGCACAGCGGCCACCCGCCACCGUCGAGUGCAGCGCCGCCAGUCGCUGCUCAUCGCCGUUGAGCUGCCGCUCCGCCACUGUCGCCGGCGUCCGUCACCGUCGUCGCAUCCAGCCGCUGCCCCGAGUUGAUAUCUCCGGUCAAUUGGUUUAUUGUGUUGAACAUAGAAACUGGCCAUCGCUCGGGCGGCUGCAGGGCCUGGUCAGUGAGGUUAAGACGUGCGCACGAGGGUCUGCGAUCUUGGGUUUGAGGCCAUCGCCCGAGGGAUCCUACCUCCACCAAAUUGAGGCCAUCUUCAGUAUUACGGAUUGAGUCUAUCUCCGUCAUAGGGAAUAAAUUUUAAGUGGUUUGACUUUGGUGAAAGUCUAAAUUGGUUUGACCGGUGGUCAAAGAAUUCAUGAGAAACCCGUAACACCUAAAUCGUUUUGAAAAGAAAGAAAAUAAGUUGACUGUUGGUCAACCGUCUAAAGAACCGAAUGUAAAGUUGAAUUGAUUUUUAUUAAAAGGAUAAACAUAUGCACGAUCUUAAUUGUUGAAUUAUUAUGUUUAUUCUUGUGCUACAAUGGAGUACCACUCAGCGUCAAUGCUGAGCGGAUAGCGUUGUUUUCCUUUUUGCUGUCCGUAGGUGAACAGACAGAUGAACCUAGAGCCGAUCCCAGAGGGCAUUGAGGAGGAGAUGUACGAUGGCGUGGCUGUCUCUUUAAUCUGUUGAUUAUGCUUUAUUUAAUUAACUUUAAUGCUUAUUACGUUUUCGGGCAAGAUCCCAAGUUGUUUGACUUUAAAAAGGCUUCCGCAUUAUUUUAAAUUACUCCGAUGGAUUUU